AUGUGCCGAAGAGGAGGAUCAUCUGGCAGAGGUGACAGAGGCCGUGGAAGGGGCGGUGUACCAAGAGGACGCGGUCAUCAUCAAGGCAACGCGAGAGCUGGACACCAGCGCGGUGGGCAUAGAGGCGGACAGCAACAUCAUGGAGGAAGAGGAGGGUCUCAAAACUACGGAGCGCCGAACAAUUCGUAUCAGCAACAGCAACAACAUUCGAAUACUGCAGCUCAGUCCUAUCCCAACACGAACUUCGCUCCCGCAUACCAGAACCCAGCGCCUCUCAAUCCUCCUACAAAUGGUGUUCCACCUUUAGCCCCUGGGGCUUUUGCACAAGCAAUGGCAUUCAUGGCGACACCUGCGGGCAUGCAAACGAUGGCUGCUUUUGCGGCCAAUAUGGCAAGCGGAAGCGCGGCUCCAGCAUACGGGCAAGCUGUUCCACCGCAACAUCCAACACCCCAAAGCCAGUCAUCCCAUCCUCAACCUAGCCCCAGAAAGAGGAAGCGUAAUGAACGAGUUGAGCAAUGGCAUGCGCAGCCGCCGCCCAACCAUACACACCCGCGCACGCAGAGUGCGUCUACACAGAAACCGCCUAGAGCUAAAGCUAAGGCGCCUCCCUCUAUACCAGGCUUUGGCUUCUCAUUGCCUCCGGUCCCACAACCUUCAGUUACUUCAAAGCCAGGCGGCGGGCACAACCACAAUCAGAAACGCAUGAACCUCGGUCUAACAAGUUUGAAUUACGAUGAGCAGUCGAGCAGCGAAGAAGAAGGGGAAGAAGAUGUGGACGAAGAGGCUGCUUUUGCAGCAAAGUGGGACGGAAAGGGAUUACAAUUCGAGCACAAUGGGGAAACAAUUUCGUUACAAUCAGCGGCAGAAUUUGCCGAAUAUAUCAAAGACAGGAAGAGGAACUUCCCAACUCAGCAGAGAAUCGCAGAGAAAGCCCAAAGAGCUGCAGAAAAGAGAACGAGUGAAUUGGAUUUUCUACGAAGAGUCAAAGGAAUUUCGGGAAGGAAAGAUACAGGUGCGAAAUCGGGGUCAAGCAAUGGACGUCAAAAGAAGGAUGGAAACAAGCAGUCCAAAUCAACGAAGCCCAAGCUUGAAGAGCUUCGUGAGAAAGUCAAAGCUAGUAUGUCCUCGAAGCAUCCUCCUCCUAGCACCACUCAACAAGCAAUCGAUCUUGGUCUAGGGUACGGCACCGACACCGAGUCCGACGACAUUAGCUCUAUCCUCUCAGCUUCAUCUGUUGUAUCGAGCCUUGAGUCCUCCGACGAUGAUGCAUCGCAAGACGAAAAUGAAGACAGUGAUACACCGCCCGAAGCUCAAAGUUCCAAAGCUGUGCCCGCUCCCAUAGUUCCCCCACCCAGAAUUCCGGAUCACAAGGUCGAAGAUCCAAACCAAGCCAAGACGAGGGUAUGCCCGCAGUGGAAGGCAACAGGCAAAUGCAAGUACAAAUACUGUAAAUACCGGCAUGCCGAAGAGGAGCUGAAACGCGUGGGUUUGUACGAAAGGAUGGUCGAGCAGGAGCUGGAGAAGGCCGAUUGCCUGGCACUUGAGGCGAUUAAAUACCUGGGUAGGAAUGGGUUUUUGGGCUAG